UUUAUUUAUUUAUUUUUCCUUUGCAACAAACGGCUAUUCGUCUUAGCAAGAGUCAGGUCCAUUUCUCUCACCUGUCUCUGGCGAGAAAGUUCCGUUUCUCGCCGGAUACUUCAUAGAUUCCGACAGAAAUUUCCACUGCUCCGCUGGGCGUGGAGUGAGAGAAAAUUUAUAGGAUAUAAACAAUAAUGAAGGCAUAAAAAAGGAAAAAAAAUGGAGAAAUGAGAAAGGAGGUGGAGGUUAACGUGCAAUGCAGGGAAAAGAGAAUCCAAGUUAGGGUUCGGAAGAUCUUACAAGUCACAGAUGCCUGGAUAAUGGCUUCUGUAUUCAAUUUUCCUUGCCUUAUGGCGUAAUUUAUUCCAUCUCUGGUCAGUGUUAACUUUGUUUAAAUUGCUCCCUUGCUCACGUCCGCCUUGUCUCACCUCGCUCUGAAUUGCACUCUUUUUGGGAUUUAAUAAGAGUUCCCUUGCUGGAGAGGAGAAAGAUUUUGGAUUGUGUUUACGAAGAUGUAUAAUGUGCAUGAGUAUUAGGCCGCCCAUAUAUGACAUUACUGUUUUGGGGUUUAUGGAUUUUUAGAUGUCAAUCAUCAUGCCAUCUGAAGCAAAGAGUUCACCAGAGACGCAUUGGGUUUGGGAAGUUGGAUACCAUGCCUGAUCAUCAUGGACAUGCCACUGGGAAAUCCGUAGCUGUGUUACCCCUGGAAAAUCUUGGAGCUGUGGGUUGUCAGACAGCAAAGUCACUUGGACUUCAUCAUUCUUUCCUAGUGCGGGAUCAGAAAUUGAAUCAUAGCUUAAUUAGGCAAGCAGCGGGAACAGGGAUGGCAAUGAGUCAGUCGUCAACUUUGUUGAGACCUGUGGUCCAUGAGACAAGAUCCAGUUUUAAUGGACAGUCAGCAUCUUGUUUCCCCGAAGGUGGCAAAGUUGACAUGAUAGCAACUCAGUAUGAGAAUAGUCUCUUCUCAAGCUCAUUAUCAGAUUUAUUUAGUAGACAGGUGAGAUUAUCCUCAAGCAAUAUACCACAUGUCCAUUCUGUUGGUACUAUUGCCUCCCACUUUGAGGAUGGUGAACCUUUUGAAUCCCUUGAAGAAAUUGAGGCCCAAACCAUUGGAAACCUUCUUCCUAGUGAUGAUGACUUGUUUAGGGGAAUAACUGAUAAGCUGGACAAUAUCAACCAAUCCAAUAGCAAAGAUGAUAUGGAGGAGUUGGACUUUUUCAACAGUGUUGGUGGAUUGGAUUUGGGAGAUGAUAGACCUGCAACACAGAAUGAUAUUGAAUUUCCAGGAGCAUUUUCUAAUGGUCAGCCAGGGCUCAGCAAUGGUUCAAAAGCUGGACAACACCCUCACGGUGAACACCCUUCUCGAACUCUUUUUGUGAGAAAUCUAGAUAGCAAUGUUGAAGAUUCUGAGUUAAGAGCCUUAUUUGAGCAAUAUGGAGAUAUCCAUACUCUUUAUACAUCUUGCAAGCAUCGUGGUUUUGUUAUGAUCUCCUAUUAUGAUAUUCGAGCUGCAAGGAUUGCAAUGAAAGCACUUCAGGAUAGAACACUUGGGCAUAGGAAACUUGAUAUUCACUACUCAAUCCCAAAGGACAACCCCUCAGAUAAAGAUAUUAAUAAGGGGACCCUUAUUGCUUUCAACCUUGAUUCUUCCAUUUCAAAUGAUGAACUUCAUCAGAUUUUUGGUGUAUAUGGAGAAAUUAAGGUGAUUCGCGGAAGCCCACACAGAAGUCAUUACAAAUUCAUUGAAUUUUACGAUCUUAGAGCUGCAGAAGGUGCUCUUCAUGCGUUGAACAGGAGUAAUAUUGCAGGGAAGCAAAUUAAGCUUGAGCCAUGCUAUACAGGGGGUUCAAGAUGUUGGUUGGAACAUGAUAAGUAUGGCCCUCAUGCACAUCAGAGUAGCGCUCCCAAUAACUCAGCAGAGUAUGGCCCUGUUAUUUCCCGUAGCAUGAAUAAUGCAAGUACCUUGGGACUACCGUCUGCAACACAAGCCCCAUUUCUGGAAUCUGAAUGUUCUAGUGUUCCUAAUAGCUUGUCCUCUCUUUUGAGGGUUGAAUCAGCUGGUAAUCAAACUGGCCUUGCUGAGCCUGGUCGCAUGCAGGGUCAAUUAAACUUUGAUUUUCAAGGCACACAAAUUUUUCAUCCUCGUUCACUUCCAGAAUACCAUAAUGGUUUGAAAAGCGUUCUUCACUGCAAUUCUCUUGGCAGCAUGACUACAAACACAAGUCAAAAGCCCCUUGAAAGAAUUGAUAACAGGCAGUCACACAAAACUGGCACAGAUGGACGCUCAAUUGAAUUCAAUGAUGGGGUUUUUGGAUCCACUGUUAAUGGAAGCCCCUCUCUUCCUGGACAUAAUUGUGCAUGGGAUAACUCCUAUCACCCACAUUCUCCAGGCUUGAUAUGGCCAAGUUCACCAUCCUUUGUCAAUGGAAUUUCAAUGGCUCAUCCCAGACUGCGGCUACAUGGACCUCCUGGAGCACCACCUCCUGUUCUUAACUCCAUUUUACCUAUAAAUAACCACCAUGUGGGAUCAGCUCCAACUGUUAAUUCCUCUCUCUGGGAGAGACGCGCUUAUGCAGCGGAAUCUCUUAAGACUUCUGGUUUUCAUCCAGGUUCCCUUGGGAGCUUGAGAGUUUCUCAUAACUCACUGCAGUCUAUGGAACUUUUAUCUCCUACCAUGUUCCCGAAUGUUGCUGGUAACUAUGUGGACUUGUCAAAUCCCCCUGAACAUGUAGGAUUCCAACCACACCAUCAGAGAUCCCCAGUUUUCUCUGGCAGGAGCCGAAUGAUUCCUACGACCAAUUCAUUUGACUCUCCAAAUGAACGUGGAAGGAGCCGAAGAAAUGAAGUCAGUAGUAACCAGGCUGACAAGAAACAGUAUGAACUUGAUAUAGAUCGCAUACUGCAAGGGGAAGAUAACCGAACCACACUUAUGAUUAAGAAUAUACCUAACAAGUAUACUUCAAAAAUGCUUCUGGCUACAAUUGACGAACACCAUAAAGGAACUUAUGAUUUCAUUUAUCUACCAAUUGAUUUCAAGAAUAAGUGCAAUGUGGGGUAUGCAUUUAUCAAUAUGAUUGCCCCAAGCCAGAUAAUUCCAUUCUAUCAGGUGUUUAAUGGAAAGAAAUGGGAGAAAUUCAAUAGUGAAAAGGUAGCAUCACUUGCAUAUGCUCGCAUACAAGGAAAAGCUGCUCUCGUUGCACAUUUCCAGAAUUCAAGCUUGAUGAAUGAGGAUAAACGAUGCCGACCCAUUCUAUUCAAUACUGAUGGCCCCAAUGCUGGUGAUCAGGUGCCUUUUCCAUUGGGGCAUAAUGUCCGAACUAGAACUGGGAUACCUAAAACCAUUACACAUGAGGAGAACGAGCAAGGAUGUCUGCUAAGUUUGGCAAACAGGGAGGAUCCCUUGAAUGGGGAUGCUUCAUCAGGGUCUGGUAAGGAAUCUGACUGAGGAAGGCAUCUAUUUUUGAGGGCAACUAACCCCUUAGGAUUGAGUAAUUUGAGAAUGGUACCUUCCCAAGUCUUUGAUUAAUACAUUGGGGUGGAAAGCAUACACAUUUUUCUGUUGUUGAGAAGCUCUUAAAAAUUUUAGGGAAAGUAAUUCAUAGCCAGAACAAAAGUGAGAUUCUGAUUCGUUUGGGUUUUUCUUUAAAUUCUGAUUGGUUGAGAAGAAAGAGGCACGAAGUGAAGCUUCAAAAUUUUGGAUGCUCUCGAGAGUAAUAUUUAUAAAGUAGAUGUAUAGGAGUUUCUGAGCAACGAGGAAACUUUCACCGAGGUUCUCUGGAGGCUGCUCUCCUAACACAUUUUCUUCUUGAUACUUUUUUGGGCUUUCAUCCCUUAUGUAAUUGCUGAUAUAUAAAAGCCAGGGAUCUCUUUGUCGUAAAAUUUUGAAAUACUGUGUAUCAUUAAUUUUUUUAUUUUUUUAUUUCGGAAAAUUUGCUAGACUUCGAA